UUUUACACUAGACCAAAUCUGUGUCAAUUCGUAGUAGUCAUUGGUCUGUUACAAAAUGUGUAUUUAAAUUCUCUUUUAUAAAUGUAUCGCCUUGAUGAAAACUAAAUAAUUGUUUUGUGCAUUGAUUAGCAAUAAUGUCCGAUCGGAGUGGCCCAAGUAAAAUAAGGAAGCUAAAGACCAAACCAACAUCACGAAGUGAACGAGCGGGAUUGAAAUUCCCCGUGGGUAGGAUACACAGAUAUUUGAAAGACGGCAAUUUUGCUGUAAGAAUCGGCGGAGGCGCUGCCGUUUUCCUUGCUGCUGUGUUGGAGUAUCUUUCUGUCGAGAUACUGGAACUGGCGGUGAAGGCAGCCAACGAUAAUCAACGGAGCCGAGUUUCUCCCCGACACUUAAUGCUGGCGAUACGCAACGACGAUGAAUUGGACAGGAUGUUACAGGGUGUCAUUAUAAAACAAGGGGGAGUCUUGCCCAAUAUCAAUCCCAUCCUCGUGCCCAAGAAGACAGGCAGGCCUAAAAAUACCACCAAUACUAACACUUCUUCACAAGAAUAUUGAAUCGUUUUGGGCAUUUAUUAAAUUAUUGUUUGAGCAUAUAAGAUUAACCUGUUUUAUAUUAAUUUUAAAUAAUCUUGGUUUUUGAUAAGAUGAAUGAAAUUAAAGUAUCCUACCUAGAGUGAAUUUUUUAAUUA